AUGGCUGAAAAGGCUCAAACUCACCAACCGCACACCACAGGCCGGGCCACGGUGGAGUCCACCACCAUCACCAAAGGGUGUCCCGUCCCCAUGGUGAGGCCCACCAUCAUGGCAUAUCCCCUCAUCGGGGUGGAUCUCAAGACUUCCAUGACGGUGACUUCUCCCGCCACUGCCACCACUCUGAGCCUCACUACCAUACAGACUUCUCCCGCUCUGGUAGCCCUGCCCAACACAGUGAGGCCCAGCACCAUGGCGGGCACCAUCGUCAAGAAGCCCGUCACCACAGAAGGCCUGCCUCCGUGGGGUCCUACGACCACGACGAGCACCUCCGCGGCCACCGUGACGAGCGCCACCACGGAGAGCGCCAGCGCGGCGCACGUCCUCGCGAUGCCCUCCACCGAGAUCACCGCUAUGGGGACCCCCCAACCUGGCAAGCCAGCCAGUCAGAGCUCGGCCUUCAGCUUGGCUCGUUCCCUGAACACAGUGCGCUCACACCCUGCCCAGACCUCCAGCAAAGUCCAUCCUCAGGGCUCCUCCUCUAAAACCUCGGAAAGCUGGCCCGAAGAAGACGAGGAGAUUCAGAAGCGCAAAACUGGCCGAGCCCCACGAGCCCACAAGAAGCUGCACACUGUGGACCUCUUCUAUUCGCUGUGGGAAAAAUUAAGCCACCUCAUUUGGGGCCUUUCGAGAAUGCUCAGGAAACUGACUGACUCCCUGGCCUUUGAAGCCUUCAUCGUCUUCAUCGUCUGCCUCAACACCAUCAUGCUCGUGGCCCAGACCUUUGCUGAAGUCGAGGUCCGGGGUGAGUGGUAUUUCAUGGCCUUGGACUCCAUCUUCCUCUGCAUCUACGUGGUGGAAGCUCUGCUCAAAAUCAUUGCUCUGGGCCUCAAGUAUUUUUUGGACCCCUGGAACAACCUGGAUUUCUUCAUCGUGGUCAUGGCUGUGCUGGAAUUCAUGCUCCUGCAGGCCAACUCUUCCUCCAUGCGCGUGGUCUACAACCAAAGCAUCUUCCUCAUCUUCAAGGUCUUCAAGAGCCUGCGAGCCUUGCGAGCUAUCCGGGUCCUGCGGAGGCUCAGCUUCCUGAGCAGCCUCCAGGAAGUGACCGGGACCCUGGCCCGGUCCUUGCCAUCCAUCGCCGCCAUCCUCAUCCUCAUGUUCACCUGUCUCUUGCUAUUCUCUGUGGUGCUCCGGGCACUGUUCCGCUACUCUGACCCCAAGCGCUUCCGGAACAUCUUCACCACCAUCUUCACCCUCUUCACCUUGCUCACCCUGGACGACUGGUCCCUCAUCUACCUGGACAGCCGAGCCCAGGGCGCCUGGUACAUCAUCCCCAUCCUUAUGAUAUAUAUCAUCAUCCAGUACUUCAUCUUCCACAACCUGGUGAUUGCCGUCCUGGUGGAUAACUUCCAGAUGGCCCUGCUCAAAGGCCUGGAGAAAGUGAAGCAGGAGGCCUCCCAGAUCCAUGAGAAGCUACUGGAUGACUCACUGACAGAGCUCAUCGAAGCAGAGCCUAAAGAGGUGAUAAGUGAACACACUAUACAGAAGCAGCUCAUUGAGAAAAAAAUUGGAGGCAUGACUGAGAAGCAGCAGGAGCUCCUGUUCCACUUCCUGCAGCUGGUGUCCGGGGUGGAGCGUUACCAGCAGAAAUUCCGCUCCCAGGCAGCUGUCAUCGAUGAGAUUGUGGACACCGCGUUUGAGGCUGGAGAAGAGGACUUCAGGAAGUGAUCCCCAGAGUGGCAGCCCGAGUCCAGACUUCAGCCUCUGGCAGGCUCUCCCCUGGGUCGGGCCAAGUCUCCGUCUCUGCUGGAAAGAUCACUGGGCCUGCAGGGCUGGGCCCCAACAGAGUUUUAAAACCCCA